AUGUUAGACCAUGUAGAUGCCGAGAAAAAUGUGCAGAAGAUCAUAUCGGCAACAGAGCACGAAGUGGCUCCUUCCUAUGAGUUACAGCACUCCCAUGACUCUGAAGACCAUGAGCCCAUCCAAGAACGCUAUGGAAACCCUUCGUACUCUAGAUUCCACCGAGUGGCGUCCAAAACGGUUAUUUCAUUCGGGCCCAAUGACCCAGAAAACCCCGUCAACUGGAGAACGGGGAAGAAGUCCCUUGUUAUCGCAGCUGGUAUCUUGCAGGUCAUGAACAGUACUAUCGGCUCGUCAAUUUGUAGUAACGCCAUCCCCCAAAUUGCAGCAGAAUUCAACAUCACCAACGAAACAGUCCUCGUUUUGCCCAUCUCCAUCUUUCUCAUCGGCUAUAUUGUAGGACCAUUAUUAUGGGGUCCUAGCUCUGAGUAUUUUGGUCGGAAGGCCCCUUUGCUCAUCUCAUUCGUUUUAUUCAUGAUAUUCACGAUGGCGUGCGCUGUGGCAGAUUCUUAUGCAUCUCUGCUUGUCUUCCGAUUAUUGAAUGGCAUGGUCGCGUCGGCGCCUAUCGCUAUUGUCGGUGCAUCGUUUGCCGAUAUACAUAACGACCCCACGUUGCGAGGUCGCCUGAUUGCUUAUUUCAUGGCCUGUACAGUCUUCGGACCAACUAUCGGACCUUUGCUAUCUGGCUUCGUGGCAGCUGUAGGCUGGCGUUGGUGUUUUUGGAUUGGUCUGAUUUUUUCCGGCGCUACUUUGCCACUGAUUAUCUUCAUGCCUGAAACUUAUGCCCCGGUCAUUCUGGAGCGUCGUGCACAGAAGCUACGCAAAGAGACUGGCAAUUUAAGCAUCAUAUCGCCGUUGGAGAUUCAGAUCCGCAAUGUGCGAGAAAUGCUUGUUAGCACAAUCUCACGACCCUUGCGCAUGGUUAUUCAUGAGCAUAUCGUUUCUCUAAGUUCUUUGUAUCUUGCUUUGGCAUAUGCAAUCUUCUACCUCUACUUUGAGGCAUAUCCAAUCAUCUUCCAAGUCGGCAUUGGUGCUGUCCUUGCCUUUUUGAUCUUCAUAUGGUACGAUGGCUUCUUAGCCCGAGCAAAGGCCCGCAACGCCAGCUGGACCUCCAUCGAGGAAUACCGCAGACUCCCCCUCGCCUGCAUCGGCGGACCCCUAUAUGUGAUCUCCCUCUUCUGGAUAGGCUGGACAGCCUCGCCUAACAUCCACUGGGUUGUGCCCUUCCUCUCCGGCAUCCCGUUUGGAAUGGGCUUCCUGUUGAUCUUCAUGGCUAUGCUCAACUACCUGACCGAUGCCUACAAGACCCUCUCCGCUAGCGCACAAUCCGCCGCAAGUUGUACACGAAGCAUUCUAGGUGCUGUGCUCCCGCUCGCUGCUAAGCCGAUGUUCGACCGGCUCGGCGUGCCUUGGGCUUGUAGUUUGAUUGCAUUCCUCAGUCUGGGCGUUUCAUUAAUCCCGUUCGCUUUCAUUCGCUAUGGCGACCGCAUCAGAACAAACAGCAAGUUCUGUCAGGAGCUCAAGUAA